AAUGAAAAAAAGUUAUCAUUGAGUCCAUUGCAUUCAGUGUUUGGAAAUCUUAUAGAAUCUAACUAAUUUGUUUAAACACGUAGGCCUAUACGGCCAGAUGUUUACUGUAAACGGUACAUUAUGAAUAUCGCUUCUGGCAGAAUUCUUCAAUGUAGGCUAUUUUAAUAUCAAUCUGUGAGUGUGAAUUCCCCAAAAACCUGUACUACCCGAUCUUGUAUGGUUUUGUACUAUUAAUUGUUAAUGAAUAAAGACUGAGGAAUUGAUUGAAAAUAAAAGAUUUAUUAAUAAAAUAAGAGACAAACUUUUACAAUGUCUUACAGAAAGGAUAAUGACUCAUUCCGUAGAGGGUCUUAUAGAGGAAGAGGUAAUUACAACAGCGAGAGUUUAAAAAUCACAAUUUCUAGUGAACAAGAAAGGGGGAGACGACAGCAUGAUUAUAAUGACAAAAGACAUGAUAAUUUAAAUGACCGUUCCGACAAAUGGCAUGGUGAUCGGGACCGCAAACAAUAUUCAAAUUUUAAAGGUCGUGAUGGUGGGGGGGUGUACAGAGAUAAUAGUCGAAAGAGUCGUAUAGACGAUUUUAAAGGAAACAGAGAAAGUUUUAACGAUAGCUGGAGUAAUCAAGGUGAUCGUAGUUAUAAAAAAAGCGAUAAUUAUAGAGAAUACAGUGAUAACCGAGCCAAGCGCAAGUAUUCUUCCGAGCGGGAAGUACCCAGCAAUUAUCAGAAUGAUUACAAAAGGAAUGAUGACUACCAUAGUUCAUCACGAGACGAUCCUUAUCCUAAACGUCAACAUUUUGAACCUAGAGGUGGAGGAUUUAGAGGUAGAGGAGGUUUUAGGUCAAGGGGGUUCGGUUUCAGAGGUCGACCUUUCGACCACAAUUUUCGAGACAGAUUUGAUAAUCGCGGUGAAGGGUUUAGAGAGCGUCGUAUGAAUGAGAUAAGAGAACAGAGGGGACGUCGUUAUCGUUCAAAAAGUAGGAGUAGGAGUCCGCAUAGACCUUCCGAUUCUCGUCGAAAAGAUGGAUCUUCAAGUAGACACAGAUCUGAGAGAGAUACCGAUAAACGUAGUAUUUCAGAUUUCAUUUCAAAUAUAAGGAAUUCCACAAGUCCAAAUGCUCCAACCGAGAGAAAAGAGCACAUAGCUUCCAAAGAAGAAGAGGAAAUCGAAACUCAAGUUAUUGAUGAAAAAUUAUUUGAAAAAAUGACCAUUGAUCAAAGAGAUUUUAUUGCGAGCAAAGCUCUAGGCAUCCUCGUUACAAAACCCGACUUCAGAUGUAAGCUCAGCGAAUUAGAGUAUGAUUUGAUGGAUAUAAAACUGAUGUUCGUAUCAUCAGAAUUAUUUUUGGAGUUUCUACAGAGUUUUGUUGAUGAUGAUAACGUAUUUGAGAUCAUUGAACCCGAUCCUGAUUCUUUACCACCUAAAGACGAGGAUGAGGAUGAAGAAAAGAACGGUAAUACAGAUAAAUCAGGGCACGAUAAACCAGAAAAAGUUAAAAUAAAAAUUGAAAAAGAGGGAAACGUGGAUGAUAAUGACGAGAAUGUUGAGGAAAAAACAGACCAAGAUGACGAGUUGAUGGAUAAGGAGGAUUUAACGCAUCUUGAAAAUAUUAUUGUUGUGGCUCGACCCAAGUUGACUCUCUGUCUAAAAUAUAAUACCAAUAUUCGUUCCUGCCGAUACAAGUGUAAUGCUCUUCAUAUUUGCAAGUUUCAUCUGUUGGCUAAAUGUAAUGCCCCUGAUGGUAGAGUAUGUAUUUUUACACACAGUAUACAUUCAUCUCACAAUCAAGAAGCUCUGAGACACAAUCUCCUACAUACAUUCUCAUUUGAUGCCGUCAGAGCACUACUUACAAACUUCGAGUUCCGAACACCAUCAACAUUACCGCCAAUAUGUUGGUACUACAAUGUGAACAGAGGUUGUAAUAAAUGGACAGCAGAAAAUUGUCAUUUUAUACAUUUGUGUCAGUCAUUACUGGAGGGUAAGAAGAGUUGUCCCGAUGGUGAUAAAUGUAAAUUGAAUCACGAUUUAAAGAAGAAUAGUGAAUCUUUAAUGAAAUAUGGCAUGUGGUCACCGGAAUAUAGAUUAGAAGAUAUCAUGAAAAUAAUUAGUGAUACUUUUCUAACGAGCGAUACAUAUGCCAACAGAAAACCAGAACGCGAAAGAGAUUCGUCUUAUGAACGAGAACAGAAAGACUAUUAUAGUAAGAGAGGCAUCCCCAAACCAAAAUGGCAACUGUAUAUUCCGAGUGAAGAAAUGUGGAUGGAUUUGGCCGAACACAACCACCAUCGAUUAGAGAGUAAACACAGAGCAAUGGCAAGAGCUACAGCUGAAUAUGACGAAGAACUAGAAGCGAUGAAACAGUAUGACAUAAGAGAUCUGCUUGGUAAAGGUAAAAAGGAUGUUCCAGAAAUAAGCAAUAAGGUUCUUCGACGAUUGAUUCCCGAGGAAUCGGAUGAUAAAAAAGAGAAAAAGAAAGUUGAAAAAUCUUCUGAAUCACCAGAGAAGUCUGCAGAACCAUCAGAAAGACCAGAAAAAGCGACAGAAGCAGAAGAAACAAAAGCUGAAGAUGAUACAAAAGAGGAGCAGGACAUAAAAAAAGAGAAGCAAUAACUGGUUUAGUUUUCAUCAUCGUUUAAAAAACGUUUCACCUGAGAACCAUCAUUGAAGAUCAAUCGUAACGUAAAAAAGAUUUUUAGGAAUACAUUGGGAUAUCUGUGUCAGAUGAAUGAAUGAUUUAAAAGUAAAAUGGAAUUAAAGAAAACAGAGGAAAGAUUCACCAAAUUAUAUUAAUUUGGAAACUCCAAUAAUAUUAAGGAAUAAAGGAUGUGUUUAUACAGGGCUAUACAGAACUUUAAGACAGUUCAGUGCGUUUGGGGCAAACUCAUUUUAGGCAUAAUUCAGGCACAGUGACAAUUUAUAAUAAAUUUCAUAAUCAGCAAUCACAGUUAUAUUAUUGAUUUUGAAUCAAUUAGAUAUUUGGAGCCGGUGUUUAAUAAUUUAUUGUACAGAAAACCAUCAAUUCUUUCCAUGGGAUUAUCUUUUAAGAUUUAUUAAUGAAUUCAUAUCGACACAUCUAAACCAAACUGGCUUUGGAGUCAGUGGUUAAUAAAUUGAUAAUAAUGAUUUCAGAUCGAUUUGCAAGAGAUAUUUUCAAUAUGUUUUAAGAAGAAAUAGGAAUUGAGUUCUAUAUUUUUGAGGGUUGCUAUAUGCUGUUUAUUUGUUGAAUGGAAUCACGUUAAACCACAAGUACAAAACCGUUGAAAAACUACCUCAGAAUAGAUGUUACUGCUUUAAGAUUAUAAUAGCUGCGAUGCCCUUCAAGAUAAAUGUUAAUUGUUACUGCUUUAAGAUUAUAAUAGCGAAUGCCAGGAGAAAUACAACACAGAGGAAACAAUACAGGAAUACAGCAUUAUCACUAAUUUGAUAGGCCAUGAUAGAUUUUGAUGAAAUAACAGUCUACUCAGCAUAUAAUGAAUAUUGGUCAAGUAAACAUAACAUAACCGAAGAUCUUCAAUAUACGAUGAACGAUAGCAGUUUUUUUUUGAUGAAAACCAGGGAUUUGAUGCAAAUGAAAUGUAGAUGUCUAGGGUUAGCAAAACAGAAAGUAUUGCCUUUAUGUGAGAAGUGUUAUUUGAUGUUCUAGAAAGAGUAAGGAUGUCACUACUUAUAUCUAAUUUGAAGGGAUAGUUUGGACUUGAAUUUGAUGAUCGUAGACAAAUUGGUGGAAAAUUAUCGCAGGUUGUAUCAAGUAAAAGUAUACUAUUGGUUUAUAAAAUGGGUUUAAUAUAAAACUUUUAUAAAAAAAAAAAGAAGACAUGGAAAUAAAAAGAUUGAAGGAAUACCAUCAAAAAGUGACUACGAUUUUAUCGUAAUCGGGAAUGACGAUUUUUCAGUGAAAUCUAUAUCUAUAUGUCUUACAAGGAUUAUGGGAAUGACUUGCGUGGAUAUACAGACGGAAAUGGAACAGACUAGAUGUACAUUAAAUAGAAGACAAAUUAUAUUAUAUAUCAACAAUUUGAUUCUGGGAAACUAUAUUAAGAUUGGAUUUGAUCUGUAUAUAAUAAAAGCAGUAAAAUAUUAUGAUUAGGCUUAUUAUCUGAAUAUAAAAUUUAUCAGCUGCUAAGAGUAGAAGUAGAAAGUAAGAGGUGUUCUUAAUUUGGUUGAUUUUAUUUCUAAUUCUUUGUAUGAAGUAGUUGAAAAUGAUUCAUAUUUUUCUUUAAAAAAAACCCAGCAAAAUAUUUAAAGAACUGCCUCAACAACUUACGUACAUGUAGUUUAAAUUAACGCUUAAAAGCCGUUAAAGGCAUAUCAAGAAUUAUUACUCAAUCUGCAAAAUUUUGAAAAAAAGAGUCGAAUUUCUUUAUGAAAAUUUUCAAGAAAUUGUUGUAAUAUUUUGAUUGAAUAUAAUACUGUAUUUUACUUUAAAAUAUUUCUACGCUUAUAUUACGAUAAUGAAUUUGAAUUGAAAGUAUAUGAGCAUACUGUAUCAUCAUUGUAUAUAAUCUUAAAAUUAAAUUGCAAUUAGAAAAUAGACCAAUUACAUCUACAUCUACCAUACAUGUAGUUAAAGAUAAAAGAAAUUUUAAAGUACCAACCAGAUGUGAUGAUAUAAGGCUUAUCGAAUGAAAUGAAAUGGUGUAUAACUUCCCACUGUUCUGCUCCUACUGGGCUAAUGAAGACAGAGGCUUAUCAGUAGAAGUCAUUAAGAGCAUUAUCAAGACAAACCACCUUUUGUUAAUCUCAACAGAAAUUUUCAUCAAGAAUCAAAAAAGAAUUAUCUUUUCACCACGCUGUAAACAUUAAAGAAGAUUGUAGAUUAUUUUAAGAAAAUGGUCGGCGCAUAUUUAUACAGAAGAAAGUGGUAUAAUUGAAGAUUAAACUACCAGAAUGAAUAUAUCGAUAAAACCCAACAUUCUUAAGAAUUACACCAUCAACAACUUCUGACAGGGACGAGUUUAAAAUUAUAAAUCAGAUAUUUGGAAAACGACGAUUUGUGAAUUUCUACUGAGAACAAGGAAUCAACCAGUAUUUGAGGAUAUCUUGACUAAAAUUGAGAAUACAUUUGUCAUCACGUACAGAGAAAUAUAAAAAUUUAUGUAACAGAUUCUCAUGUUGGAUAAUUAAGUGUUUUUAAGCCCCCGACACUGUGCCUGAAAUUGCUGGAAUCGCGAUAUAUUGACUAUAGACAUCGUUAAAGUGUUUUGUCAGUGCUCCUUAUCAGAUUUUUGAUCUCAUCAAACUAUUCAUUAAUAAUGUGCUGCUGUGAAUUUGUUCUGUAUCAAUUCCAGAACAACCUCCUCUGAAAAUUGUGUGUUUGCGGUCCCGAACUUAAUGAACUUUUAUGUGUCUACCCCAGUGACUCCACAUGACCUAUGAACUGUGAAAAUUUGAAUAUUAUAUAAUAUUGUCACAGUGACGAAUUGUUUGAUACUUUUACUUAUAAUAGUUUUUGCCUGUAUGAAGAAUUUACUCUCUCUUUAUCCAUCUCAUGGUUUUCUAAUAACGUCUUUGUUAUAAACAGGUCACAAUUCUGUCGAAUAUAAUUACUGAGCGACGUUUCGACUAGGCUUUUCUAGUCAUUUUAAUAUCAAGCAUUGAUAAAAUACGAAAAUAUGGGGGUGCUCGAUUCACAGUCCAGAACAUCCCAAAUUGACAGAAUUGCAAUCAAGUCAUCCGGAAUUCAGUCCUGUGACAGUUUUGUCAGUCCCGACAACAGAGGUUGUGUGAGUAGAAUCGUGACGACGUAAUUAAACACAUCAAAUAUGUUUUGGCUGUCAUGGUUGGUUGAUAUAUUUACUUAUCCAUUCGAUGCAUGCCCGAAAUACCCCUUUUCAUUCGAUUGUCACUAUUUUUGGGAUUGAGAAAAUUAAUUCUGGAACGUUCAAUCGAGUACCCUCAAUAUACACAACAAUACUUGGUUAAUACUGACCAACCAGAGAUACCCUUUUUAAUUGUAUGUACCUAAAGAAGACCAUACUCCUCGCAGUGUUUGGUUUGAUUAUACCUAAUCCCACUAAACACUGUUUUAAUGAAGGCAAAUUUCUGUUCCAAAUUAUGACUGGUCAAUGGUCCGAUGAACAACCAAUAGCUAACUGUGUUACAAAAGCAUUACGCUUAAAACAGAGCUCCAAAUUGGACCAAAUAUGUUUACAUAACAUAAAGCUCAAGUAUCAGAAGCCAAUCCAGCAAUGGCGAGAGAGGGAUUUCUCGGGCCAUUGCUUCAAGAAUAUGAAAGAAGACCUGUUUAUAGCCUACAAUUACUAAAUGCCAUUGAAACUCUGUCUUUGUUAGUUUACAAAUUCUGUACAGUCAGCUUGUAGUUUUUUUUUAUAAUACCAUUUAUAUAAAUGACAGUGAUCAUGCUUCCUAGUUUUUAGAUAUUGAUACUUUGAUCUAGUUAUUUACAUAUGUCCAUCUACUUACAGCAUUGUGUAUAAUUUUACAGCUUUUUAUUUGCUAACAUUUUAUGUGAGAGUAUAUUGGUUGUAUCCAUGUCCAUAUGAUUAUAUUUCUGUGGGGGUUGGAUGGCCGAAUGUUUAGCGUGUGUGCGUUGUAUGAUAAUGUCUGUCAUUGAGUCAACUGGCGUGGUUUCGAUCCCCUGGUUGUUCGUGACAAGGAGUAGGGUUGCCUGUCCAAACAUGUGGAUUUUCUCCUGGUCCUCCGGUUUCCUCUCACUGCUAAAGACCCCUACUCGCAAGCGAAUAAUUGAAAUAAAAUUGAACCAUAUGUUAGUCCCGAAAUGACCUAGUUUAUGUCAAGUGGAUGUUAAACCCCAUUUCUCUCUAUAUAUUUCUGUCGGUUCACAAUUUGUGUAAUUCCUCUAGUGUACAGGUCAGAGUUUUUGCCAUCCAAAUUCGCUGUACUUGAUUUAUCCUGAACCAAACUUUUGUCACAGAGUUGACGCCCCUUGUAAAAACUCUGCCGGUCAGAGAUUUUGAGAUUUUCUUGGUUGUACACUGACUGGUAGUUUUCAGCUUGUCUUGAGGAGGAAUCCUAUUGAAAUUCAGGAUUGUGCAAUGAUAAUUUGCAGAAUUACCGCCACUGUCAUUAGAACUUUGGAAAUGCUUUAUAUAUCAGCUUUAAAAUGUUUUCAGAUUUGUGUGGUUAGUCCUAAGCACGAAAUUCAGAGUCCUACAACGCAAUGUUACGGCCACUAUCACAGGAAACUUGAUUUCAGUGUUUUAAGGAUUUUAUUUUCAAACUUGUCAGAAUUUUCAAAAAAGCCAUCCACCAAAAUACUGCUGGUGAGUGUACAGGGUGAUAUUGGGUACCUGGUAAGAUUAUGUUUUUUGUCCUCUACCUUUCGAAGAAAGCAGGGGACUAUUAAGAUGGAUCUGUCUGCCUGCCUGCCUGUCUAUCUGUCCGUCCGUCAAACUUUUUGGGACACAAUAUCUCUCCUUCUAAUUGAGCUAGAAUGUUCAAACUUGGUGUUUAAUCGGUGGAGGCCUUGAUGAAAGAUGAGCAUUUUCUGCUAAGGGUAAGCAGAGCUAAACAAUUUGAUUGGUUGAUGCUUUGGGGCACUGUAACUUUGGUUCUAGUUAAGUGAGAUUGGUGAAACUUAGUGUAUAGUUUCAUCACAUGAAUACCUUGACUAUGUUCGAUAAUAAGCAUUUUCGACUCUGGUAAGUAGAGCAAUAAGCAAUUUCGUUGGUCGAGAUUUUGGAUUUAGUGUUAGUGUUGAAACUUUGUGUAUAGUUUCUUUACACCAAUACCUUGACUAAGUUCGAUGAUAGAGACUUCAGUCUCAUUGGUCGAAUCUUUGGAACACAAUAACUGUCCCCUUAAUUGAGGUAGAAUGUUCACACUCGGUGUCUAUUAGGUGAAUUCCAUGAAAGAGUUCGACCAUGCGCAUUUUCCACUAAGGCUAAGCAGAGCUAACCAAUUUCUUUGGUCGAUGCUUUGGGACAAGAUAACUUUGAUUCUAACUGAUUGAGAGUGAUGAAACUUAGUGUAUAGUUUCACUACCAGGUACUUCAAAACCUUGACAGAGUUCGAUCAUGAACAUUUUCUGCUCAGGCUUAGCAUAGAUAACCAGUUUGAUGACUCGAUAUUUUUGAUAAAGAUAAAUGUGCAAUUAAUUAAUAUGUGUCAUCUAUUUAUUUUGUGAUUUCGGUGGUGUGGACCUGUUAGCAUGGUUUGUAUUGUAUAGUGUUUUUCAAUAUUAAUCUGAAUCCGUUUUGUUAAAUGGCAACAAAACUAUGGCAUGAAAUCGCAUUGAAUUUACACUGAGAAAAAAAUCAAUAAAAAUCCACAUAUGAA